AAGUUGUUGAACUCGGAGACUAACUAAAUAAAGUGGUUCAGCUGUUGCUGCUCUUACUACUGUAAUAUGUGUGUUGAGCUCUUUGGUUUCAGGGACUAUUAGUUUGGCACAAGGCGAGCAGCCAAGAGGUGGGGUAUCCAUUCCCUAUUUGUCCUGGACAGACCGCUCCCCUUCAGCCUUACAUAGAAGAAAAAUUGUUUCACCCAAGUCCUGCUCAGUUACUGUAUCACUCAGACUCUGGUAAACAGGGCAAGGACUCCAGACACUGGGCUUACUUCAACUUCAGGGCCAGUGGCUACAGAUUUUCACUCCUGGGUCUGGAAGAGAGCUGAAGGGACCUGAACUGGACGAAGAAGGAAAUGAAUCUGUUAAUGAAGAAUCACCAGAAUUCAUAGAAGGGGAAAGACCUCGGCCCCAAGGCUCCUCGCCAGUAUAUGAAUACGCAAUCAAAGAGGAAUACAGAGACUUAGACAAACAGGUCGAGGAGGAAAUAGAUCAGCAAAGUACAGACUAUAAAAAAGGAAAAAGAAAAAGUGGGCUUGGAGCAUUCUUUGAAAAGCACUUCUCUGCAAAAAUGAGUCAGACAGAGGAAUUUAGGCCUACAGAUGAGUCAGAUGAAAUUGUACAAACCGAAGCUGAAGCAUGUGCCAAGGCAAUCGUUGUAAGUGGAGGAGGAAAGGAGGGCAUAUUUGUCGAGAAAGUGAUGAAGGAUACGCCCGAAUCAAAGGUCCCGAGCAUGAGAGAAGGUGAUCAAAUACUCAGUGCUACAAUAUAUUUUGAUGAUGUCAAAUAUGAAGAUGCCCUUAAGAUUCUGGAGCAUGCUGGGCCCUAUAAAACACAGUUCUGUCUGAAACGCAAGUCCCCUGGUGUAACAGACACUGUCAGUUCAGCGACUGUGCAACAGCAGGAUGUUGCUCAAGGGGAAACAGACAAAACACUAAAAGGCACAUUUGAGGACCCUGCAGAAAAAAUUGUGGUAAGGGGUAGAGCAAAAACAGCUAGAAGACAAGAUGCCAGGAUAUCAUGGCCUAAAUUCUCAUCAUUUACCAAAGGAAAAAGGAUGCAGUUCAAAAGGUCCCACAGCACAUCAGAAGCAGAGGAACAUAAAAAGCUAGAUAUCAGUCUUUCUAACAGUGACAAUGAGUCUCCUAAUAAGUCUCAGGAACCUCUGAAAACUAAGAAAAAGCAGAAACUGAAGCUGCCAAGCCUAGGAAUGAGGGGCCUAAGGAGCAAAUCAGAGGAUCAACACGAUAAAGAAACUGUAGCAGAAACUUCUGAACAUCUGGAAUUAAUAUGCAGCUAUCCUGAAGAUGAUGUAUCCGAAGUGCAAUCCUCAGAAGAUGUUGACAUCAGAAAAAGUGAAACAACACAAAUCUGUGAAUUUGAUUCAGAUCAAAGAACUGACACUGCAAGAAUUAGAAAUGAAUAUUCAUUUUCAAAUGUCACAGGCCCUGAAGUUGAAAUCAUCCAACACAAAGCUGAACUCUAUGAAUUGGAUAAAACGCUCAAAACAACUAAUAUUUCAGUGUGUGGACCAAAGCUGGAUACAGAUGUAGAACCCGGAGAUGAAUUUAAAACUAAAAGAACACCAGAAAAAAAGAUAGAAAAGCCUAAUCUCAGAUCAGAACUAAAGAUAAAUAUCAUAGGAAAAGAAAAAACAGAUACAAGCCCUGAAGAAGAAGGCAGGUCACCACAAACUUUACUGGUAAAAGCUUCACCUGACAAGCUGGGCAAAGAACUUCAAUUUCAGCUUCAAACAACAGAAACUGGUAUCCAAAUACCAAAAGAAGUGAUUCUAGGAGAUGGAGAAAGACAAAAUGUUACAUCAGAGAUGAAGGUGCGUCAACUUGCUAUUGAUCUAAACCCCCAAGACUCUAUCAGAUCUAGAAUUAAAGUUGAUAUUAUAAAGCCAAAGAUAUGUGAUGAAACAAAAUAUGUGGAUAUUCUGAAGGAAGAGACUGAUGGCAAGGUUAAAAUAACAAAAGCAACAGUGCAGGUAGAAGCUCAGACACCACACCUAGAUGUUGACCAAGCAAAAGUUCACGACCCAGAAGUAAAAUUUAAAACACAGAAAGGGAUGGUGCCAAAGUCUGAUGUUUCACUGGAAAAACUAGAACCCACACUUGAAAUGAAAGCCCCCAAAGACACCAGAUAUUCUUUGUGUGAAGAAGUAUCUACAGACUGUGGUACAGAAAAAGAAAUCCAAGCCAGGGAUCCAGAGAUUCAAUUUACUAAGCCCAAAACUGAGGAGUCCCACUCUUUUCGCACAGCUAAAACUUUAAUAAAAUGUUAUGAGGCAAAAUUAGGAGUAUCUGCUGCUACAGUUCAUGCAGAAAAAGGAAACAUUCGGAUGCCAAAAGAACAACAUCGAAGAGGAAAUAUAGAUGUUGACAAGCCAAACAAAUCUCACCCUAAAACAGGCAAACAAGAACCAAUACUCACACCAGAGGAUAUCAAGAGACCUUAUUUCAAUUAUGAUCUGGAAAGCAAAGAAAGCAAGGAAGAUAGACAAAGCAAUAUUACCCAAAUACCACGGGCAGACAUUAGAGGUCCACAGUUGGAAAUGAGCAUGCCAAAUACAGAGAGACACAUCAUAGAAACUGAAGAAAAUGCUCUUAAGUUUAAUGUUGAUAUCAACACUGAAAAAGUAGAUAUUUCUCUUCCAACAUCUGGGGUCAAGUCUCCAAAAAUAGAAGGCGAACUGAGCUUGCCAAAAGCAGAAAUCUCUCUUCCAAAGGCAGACAUUGAUAUACAAGGACCACAGCUUACAACAAGUGGAACUGACAUUGACCUGAACCUACCGAAACCACAGAUAUAUGUGUCUGCAGCACAAGCUGCUGUUGAUCUUGAAGGUCCAGAUGUAGACAUGAAAGCUCCUGAGUUAGACAUUGAUAUGAAGGGUAAAGGAAUCCAUGUAGAAGGAAAAGAAAGCAAGUUUAAAUUACCCAAAAUGCCGGACUUUGAUGUUUCACUCCCCAAAGUCAAAGGUCCUGACAUUAAAUUCAGUCUGCCCAAAUCAGAGGCUGACAUUGCUUUACCUGAACGUGUUGAAAUCAAGGCUCCUGAUGUGGAAUUGGAAGCUCCAUCUCUUGAGGGAUCUGUGGACAUCCCUACAAUUGAAAAAGAGGGUGGAAAAGGAAAAUUCAAGAUGCCACAAAUGAAAAUGCCUAAAUUUGGAAUUUCAACAUCUGGGGUCAAGGUUCCAAAAAUAGAAGGCGAACUGAGCUUGCCAAAGGCAGAAAUCUCUCUUCCAAAUGCAGACAUUGAUAUACAAGGACCACAGCUUACAACAAGUGGAACUGACAUUGACCUGAACCUACCGAAACCACAGAUACAUGUGUCUGCAGCACAAGCUGCUGUUGAUCUUGAAGGUCCAGAUGUAGACAUGAAAGCACCUGAGUUAGACAUUGAUAUGAAGGGUAAAGGAAUCCAUGUAGAAGGGAAAGAAAGCAAGUUUAAAUUGCCCAAAAUGCCGGACUUUGAUGUUUCACUCCCCAAAGUCAAAGGUCCUGACAUUAAAUUCAGUCUGCCCAAAUCAGAGGCUGACAUUGCUUUACCUGAACGUGUUGAAAUCAAGGCUCCUGAUGUGGAAUUGGAAGCUCCAUCUCUUGAGGGAUCUGUGGACAUCCCUACAAUUGAAAAAGAGGGUGGAAAAGGAAAAUUCAAGAUGCCACAAAUGAAAAUGCCUAAAUUUGGAAUUUCAACAUCUGGGGUCAAGGUUCCAAAAAUAGAAGGCGAACUGAGCUUGCCAAAGGCAGAAAUCUCUCUUCCAAAGGCAGACAUUGAUAUACAAGGACCACAGCUUACAACAAGUGGAACUGACAUUGACCUGAACCUACCGAAACCUCAGAUACAUGUGUCUGCAGCACAAGCUGCUGUUGAUCUUAAAUGUCCAGAUGUAGACAUGAAAGCACCUGAGUUAGACAUUGAUAUGAAGGGUAAAGGAAUCCAUGUAGAAGGGAAAGAAAGCAAGUUUAAAUUGCCCAAAAUGCCAGACUUUGAUGUUUCACUACCCAAAGUCAAAGGUCCUGACAUUAAAUUCGGUCUGCCCAAAUCAGAGGCUGACAUUGCUUUAACUGAAAGUGUUGAAAUCAAGGCUCCUGAUGUGGAAUUGGAAGCUCCAUCUCUUGAGGGAUCUGUGGACAUCCCUACAAUUGAAAAAGAGGGUGGAAAAGGAAAAUUCAAGAUGCCACAAAUGAAAAUGCCUAAAUUUGGAACUUCAACAUCUGGGGUCAAGGUUCCAAAAAUAGAAGGCAAACUGAGCUUGCCAAAGGCAGAAAUCUCUCUUGCAAAGGCAGACAUUGAUAUACUAGGACCACAGCUUACAACAAGUGGAACUGACAUUGACCUGAACCUACCGAAACCACAGAUACAUGUGUCUGCAGCACAAGCUGCUGUUGAUCUUGAAGGUCCAGAUGUAGACAUGAAAGCACCGGAGUUAGACAUUGAUAUGAAGGGUAAAGGAAUCCAUGUAGAAGGGAAAGAAAGCAAGUUUAAAUUGCCCAAAAUGCCGGACUUUGAUGUUUCACUCCCCAAAGUCAAAGGUCCUGACAUUAAAUUCAGUCUGCCCAAAUCAGAGGCUGACAUUGCUUUACCUGAACGUGUUGAAAUCAAGGCUCCUGAUGUGGAAUUGGAAGCUCCAUCUCUUGAGGGAUCUGUGGACAUCCCUACAAUUGAAAAAGAGGGUGGAAAAGGAAAAUUCAAGAUGCCACAAAUGAAAAUGCCUAAAUUUGGAACUUCAACAUCUGGGGUCAAGGUUCCAAAAAUAGAAGGCGAACUGAGCUUGCCAAAGGCAGAAAUCUCUCUUGCAAAGGCAGACAUUGAUAUACAAGGACCACAGCUUACAACAAGUGGAACUGACAUUGACCUGAACCUACCGAAACCACAGAUACAUGUGUCUGCAGCACAAGCUGCUGUUGAUCUUGAAGGUCCAGAUGUAGACAUGAAAGCACCUGAGUUAGACAUUGAGAUGAAGGGUAAAGGAAUCCAUGUAGAAGGAAAAGAAAUCAAGUUUAAAUUGCCCAAAAUGCCGGACUUUGAUGUUUCACUCCCCAAAGUCAAAGGUCCUGACAUUAAAUUCAGUCUGCCCAAAUCAGAGGCUGACAUUGCUUUACCUGAACGUGUUGAAAUCAAGGCUCCUGAUGUGGAAUUGGAAGCUCCAUCUCUUGAGGGAUCUGUGGACAUCCCUACAAUUGAAAAAGAGGGUGGAAAAGGAAAAUUCAAGAUGCCACAAAUGAAAAUGCCUAAAUUUGGAAUUUCAACAUCUGGGGUCAAGGUUCCAAAAAUAGAAGGCGAACUGAGCUUGCCAAAAGCAGAAAUCUCUCUUCCAAAGGCAGACAUUGAUAUACAAGGACCACAGCUUACAACAAGUGGAACUGACAUUGACCUGAACCUACCGAAACCACAGAUACAUGUGUCUGCAGCACAAGCUGCUGUUGAUCUUGAAGGUCCAGAUGUAGACAUGAAAGCACCUGAUUUAGACAUUGAUAUAAAAGGUGAAGGAAUCCAUGUAGAAGGGAAAGAAAGCAAGUUUAAAUUGCCCAAAAUGCCAGACUUUGAUGUUUCACUCCCCAAAGUCAAAGGUCCUGACAUUAAAUUCAGUCUGCCCAAAUCAGAGGCUGACAUUGCUUUACCUGAACGUGCUGAAAUCAAGGCUCCUGAUGUGGAAUUGGAAGCUCCAUCUCUUGAGGGAUCUGUGGACAUCCCUACAAUUGAAAAAGAGGGUGGAAAAGGAAAAUUCAAGAUGCCACAAAUGAAAAUGCCUAAAUUUGGAAUUUCAACAUCUGGGGUCAAGGUUCCAAAAAUAGAAGGCGAACUGAGCUUGCCAAAGGCAGAAAUCUCUCUUCCAAAGGCAGACAUUGAUAUACAAGGACCACAGCUUACAACAAGUGGAACUGACAUUGACCUGAACCUACCGAAACCACAGAUACAUGUGUCUGCAGCACAAGCUGCUGUUGAUCUUAAAUGUCCAGAUGUAGACAUGAAAGCACCUGGGUUAGACAUUGAUAUGAAGGGUAAAGGAAUCCAUGUAGAAGGGAAAGAAAGCAAGUUUAAAUUGCCCAAAAUGCCAGACUUUGAUGUUUCACUGCCCAAAGUCAAAGGUCCUGACAUUAAAUUCGGUCUGCCCAAAUCAGAGGCUGACAUUGCUUUAACUGAAAGUGUUGAAAUUAAGGCUCCUGAUGUGGAAUUGGAAGCUCCAUCUCUUGAGGGAUCUGUGGACAUCCCUACAAUUGAAAAAGAGGGUGGAAAAGGAAAAUUCAAGAUGCCACAAAUGAAAAUGCCUAAAUUUGGAAUUUCAACAUCUGGGGUCAAGGUUCCAAAAAUAGAAGGCGAACUGAGCUUGCCAAAAGCAGAAAUCUCUCUUCCAAAGGCAGACAUUGAUAUACAAGCACCACAGCUUACAACAAGUGGAACUGACAUUGACCUGAACCUACCGAAACCACAGAUACAUGUGUCUGCAGCACAAGCUGCUGUUGAUCUUGAAGGUCCAGAUGUAGACAUGAAAGCACCUGAGUUAGACAUUGAGAUGAAGGGUAAAGGAAUCCAUGUAGAAGGAAAAGAAAGCAAGUUUAAAUUGCCCAAAAUGCCGGACUUUGAUGUUUCACUCCCCAAAGUCAAAGGUCCUGACAUUAAAUUCAGUCUGCCCAAAUCAGAGGCUGACAUUGCUUUACCUGAACGUGUUGAAAUCAAGGCUCCUGAUGUGGAAUUGGAAGCUCCAUCUCUUGAGGGAUCUGUGAACAUCCCUACAAUUGAAAAAGAGGGUGGAAAAGGAAAAUUCAAGAUGCCACAAAUGAAAAUGCCUAAAUUUGGAAUUUCAACAUCUGGGGUCAAGGUUCCAAAAAUAGAAGGCGAACUGAGCUUGCCAAAAGCAGAAAUCUCUCUUCCAAAGGCAGAUAUUGAGAUACAAGCACCACAGCUUACAACAAGUGGAACUGACAUUGACCUGAACCUACCGAAACCACAGAUACAUGUGUCUGCAGCACAAGCUGCUGUUGAUCUUAAAUGUCCAGAUGUAGACAUGAAAGCACCUGGGUUAGACAUUGAUAUGAAGGGUAAAGGAAUCCAUGUAGAAGGGAAAGAAAGCAAGUUUAAAUUGCCCAAAAUGCCAGACUUUGAUGUUUCACUCCCCAAAGUCAAAGGUCCUGACAUUAAAUUCGGUCUGCCCAAAUCAGAGGCUGACAUUGCUUUAACUGAAAGUGUUGAAAUCAAGGCUCCUGAUGUGGAAUUGGAAGCUCCAUCUCUUGAGGGAUCUGUGGACAUCCCUACAAUUGAAAAAGAGGGUGGAAAAGGAAAAUUCAAGAUGCCACAAAUGAAAAUGCCUAAAUUUGGAACUUCAACAUCUGGGGUCAAGGUUCCAAAAAUAGAAGGCGAACUGAGCUUGCCAAAGGCAGAAAUCUCUCUUCCAAAGGCAGACAUUGAUAUACAAGGACCACAGCUUACAACAAGUGGAACUGACAUUGACCUGAACCUACCGAAACCACAGAUACAUGUGUCUGCAGCACAAGCUGCUGUUGAUCUUGAAGGUCCAGAUGUAGACAUGAAAGCACCUGAUUUAGACAUUGAUAUAAAAGGUAAAGGAAUCCAUGUAGAAGGAAAAGAAAGCAAGUUUAAAUUGCCCAAAAUGCCAGACUUUGAUGUUUCACUCCCCAAAGUCAAAGGUCCUGACAUUAAAUUCAGUAUGCCCAAAUCAGAGGCUGACAUUGCUUUACCUGAACGUGUUGAAAUCAAGGCUCCUGAUGUGGAAUUGGAAGCUCCAUCUCUUGAGGGAUCUGUGGACAUCCCUACAAUUGAAAAAGAGGGUGGAAAAGGAAAAUUCAAGAUGCCACAAAUGAAAAUGCCUAAAUUUGGAAUUUCAACAUCUGGGGUCAAGGUUCCAAAAAUAGAAGGCGAACUGAGCUUGCCAAAGGCAGAAAUCUCUCUUCCAAAGGCAGACAUUGAUAUACAAGGACCACAGCUUACAACAAGUGGAACUGACAUUGACCUGAACCUACCGAAACCACAGAUACAUGUGUCUGCAGCACAAGCUGCUGUUGAUCUUAAAUGUCCAGAUGUAGACAUGAAAGCACCUGGGUUAGACAUUGAUAUGAAGGGUAAAGGAAUCCAUGUAGAAGGGAAAGAAAGCAAGUUUAAAUUGCCCAAAAUGCCAGACUUUGAUGUUUCACUCCCCAAAGUCAAAGGUCCUGACAUUAAAUUCAGUAUGCCCAAAUCAGAGGCUGACAUUGCUUUACCUGAACGUGUUGAAAUCAAGGCUCCUGAUGUGGAAUUGGAAGCUCCAUCUCUUGAGGGAUCUGUGGACAUCCCUACAAUUGAAAAAGAGGGUGGAAAAGGAAAAUUCAAGAUGCCACAAAUGAAAAUGCCUAAAUUUGGAAUUUCAACAUCUGGGGUCAAGGUUCCAAAAAUAGAAGGCGAACUGAGCUUGCCAAAAGCAGAAAUCUCUCUUCCAAAGGCAGACAUUGAUAUACAAGGACCACAGCUUACAACAAGUGGAACUGACAUUGACCUGAACCUACCGAAACCACAGAUACAUGUGUCUGCAGCACAAGCUGCUGUUGAUCUUAAAUGUCCAGAUGUAGACAUGAAAGCACCUGGGUUAGACAUUGAUAUGAAGGGUAAAGGAAUCCAUGUAGAAGGGAAAGAAAGCAAGUUUAAAUUGCCCAAAAUGCCAGACUUUGAUGUUUCACUCCCCAAAGUCAAAGGUCCUGACAUUAAAUUCGGUCUGCCCAAAUCAGAGGCUGACAUUGCUUUAACUGAAAGUGUUGAAAUCAAGGCUCCUGAUGUGGAAUUGGAAGCUCCAUCUCUUGAGGGAUCUGUGGACAUCCCUACAAUUGAAAAAGAGGGUGGAAAAAUAAAAUUCAAGAUGCCACAAAUGAAAAUGCCUAAAUUUGGAAUUUCAACAUCUGGGGUCAAGGUUCCAAAAAUAGAAGGCGAACUGAGCUUGCCAAAGGCAGAAAUCUCUCUUCCAAAGGCAGACAUUGAUAUACAAGGACCACAGCUUACAACAAGUGGAACUGACAUUGACCUGAACCUACCGAAACCACAGAUACAUGUGUCUGCAGCACAAGCUGCUGUUGAUCUUGAAGGUCCAGAUGUAGACAUGAAAGCUCCUGAGUUAGACAUUGAUAUGAAGGGUAAAGGAAUCCAUGUAGAAGGGAAAGCAAGCAAGUUUAAAUUGCCCAAAAUGCCAGACUUUGAUGUUUCACUCCCCAAAGUCAAAGGUCCUGACAUUAAAUUCGGUCUACCCAAAUCAGAGGCUGACAUUGCUUUACCUGAACGUUUUGAAAUCAAGGCUCCUGAUGUGGAAUUGGAAGCUCCAUCUCUUGAGGGAUCUGUGGACAUCCCUACAAUUGAAAAAGAGGGUGGAAAAGGAAAAUUCAAGAUGCCACAAAUGAAAAUGCCUAAAUUUGGAAUUUCAACAUCUGGGGUCAAGGUUCCAAAAAUAGAAGGCGAACUGAGCUUGCCAAAAGCAGAAAUCUCUCUUCCAAAGGCAGACAUUGAUAUACAAGGACCACAGCUUACAACAAGUGGAACUGACAUUGACCUGAACCUACCGAAACCACAGAUACAUGUGUCUGCAGCACAAGCUGCUGUUGAUCUUGAAGGUCCAGAUGUAGACAUGAAAGCUCCUGAGUUAGACAUUCAAAUGAAGUGUAAAGGAAUCCAUGUAGAAGGAAAAGAAAGCAAGUUUAAAUUACCCAAAAUGCCGGACUUUGAUGUUUCACUCCCCAAAGUCAAAGGUCCUGACAUUAAAUUCAGUCUGCCCAAAUCAGAGGCUGACAUUGCUUUACCUGAACGUUUUGAAAUCAAGGCUCCUGAUGUGGAAUUGGAAGCUCCAUCUCUUGAGGGAUCUGUGGACAUCCCUACAAUUGAAAAAGAGGGUGGAAAAGGAAAAUUCAAGAUGCCACAAAUGAAAAUGCCUAAAUUUGGAAUUUCAACAUCUGGGGUCAAGGUUCCAAAAAUAGAAGGCGAACUGAGCUUGCCAAAGGCAGAAAUCUCUCUUCCAAAGGCAGACAUUGAUAUACAAGGACCACAGCUUACAACAAGUGGAACUGACAUUGACCUGAACCUACCGAAACCACAGAUACAUGUGUCUGCAGCACAAGCUGCUGUUGAUCUUAAAUGUCCAGAUGUAGACAUGAAAGCACCUGGGUUAGACAUUGAUAUGAAGGGUAAAGGAAUCCAUGUAGAAGGGAAAGAAAGCAAGUUUAAAUUGCCCAAAAUGCCAGACUUUGAUGUUUCACUCCCCAAAGUCAAAGGUCCUGACAUUAAAUUCGGUCUGCCCAAAUCAGAGGCUGACAUUGCUUUAACUGAAAGUGUUGAAAUCAAGGCUCCUGAUGUGGAAUUGGAAGCUCCAUCUCUUGAGGGAUCUGUGGACAUCCCUACAAUUGAAAAAGAGGGUGGAAAAAUAAAAUUCAAGAUGCCACAAAUGAAAAUGCCUAAAUUUGGAAUUUCAACAUCUGGGGUCAAUGUUCCAAAAAUAGAAGGCGAACUGAGCUUGCCAAAGGCAGAAAUCUCUCUUCCAAAGGCAGACAUUGAUAUACAAGGACCACAGCUUACAACAAGUGGAACUGACAUUGACCUGAACCUACCGAAACCACAGAUACAUGUGUCUGCAGCACAAGCUGCUGUUGAUCUUGAAGGUCCAGAUGUAGACAUGAAAGCACCUGAUUUAGACAUUGAUAUAAAAGGUAAAGGAAUCCAUGUAGAAGGAAAAGAAAGCAAGUUUAAAUUGCCCAAAAUGCCAGACUUUGAUGUUUCACUCCCCAAAGUCAAAGGUCCUGACAUUAAAUUCAGUCUGCCCAAAUCAGAGGCUGACAUUGCUUUACCUGAACGUGUUGAAAUCAAGGCUCCUGAUGUGGAAUUGGAAGCUCCAUCUCUUGAGGGAUCUGUGGACAUCACUACAAUUGAAAAAGAGGGUGGAAAAGGAAAAUUCAAGGUGCCACAAAUGAAAAUGCCUAAAUUUGGAAUUUCAACAUCUGGGGUCAAGGUUCCAAAAAUAGAAGGCGAACUGAGCUUGCCAAAGGCAGAAAUCUCUCUUCCAAAGGCAGACAUUGAUAUACAAGGACCACAGCUUACAACAAGUGGAACUGACAUUGACCUGAACCUACCGAAACCACAGAUACAUGUGUCUGCAGCACAAGCUGCUGUUGAUCUUGAAGGUCCAGAUGUAGACAUGAAAGCUCCUGAGUUAGACAUUGAUAUGAAGGGUAAAGGAAUCCAUGUAGAAGGGAAAGCAAGCAAGUUUAAAUUGCCCAAAAUGCCAGACUUUGAUGUUUCACUCCCCAAAGUCAAAGGUCCUGACAUUAAAUUCGGUCUACCCAAAUCAGAGGCUGACAUUGCUUUACCUGAACGUUUUGAAAUCAAGGCUCCUGAUGUGGAAUUGGAAGCUCCAUCUCUUGAGGGAUCUGUGGACAUCCCUACAAUUGAAAAAGAGGGUGGAAAAGGAAAAUUCAAGAUGCCACAAAUGAAAAUGCCUAAAUUUGGAAUUUCAACAUCUGGGGUCAAGGUUCCAAAAAUAGAAGGCGAACUGAGCUUGCCAAAAGCAGAAAUCUCUCUUCCAAAGGCAGACAUUGAUAUACAAGGACCACAGCUUACAACAAGUGGAACUGACAUUGACCUGAACCUACCGAAACCACAGAUACAUGUGUCUGCAGCACAAGCUGCUGUUGAUCUUGAAGGUCCAGAUGUAGACAUGAAAGCACCUGAUUUAGACAUUGAUAUAAAAGGUAAAGGAAUCCAUGUAGAAGGAAAAGAAAGCAAGUUUAAAUUGCCCAAAAUGCCAGACUUUGAUGUUUCACUCCCCAAAGUCAAAGGUCCUGACAUUAAAUUCAGUAUGCCCAAAUCAGAGGCUGACAUUGCUUUACCUGAACGUGUUGAAAUCAAGGCUCCUGAUGUGGAAUUGGAAGCUCCAUCUCUUGAGGGAUCUGUGGACAUCCCUACAAUUGAAAAAGAGGGUGGAAAAGGAAAAUUCAAGAUGCCACAAAUGAAAAUGCCUAAAUUUGGAAUUUCAACAUCUGGGGUCAAGGUUCCAAAAAUAGAAGGCGAACUGAGCUUGCCAAAGGCAGAAAUCUCUCUUCCAAAGGCAGACAUUGAUAUACAAGGACCACAGCUUACAACAAGUGGAACUGACAUUGACCUGAACCUACCGAAACCACAGAUACAUGUGUCUGCAGCACAAGCUGCUGUUGAUCUUAAAUGUCCAGAUGUAGACAUGAAAGCACCUGGGUUAGACAUUGAUAUGAAGGGUAAAGGAAUCCAUGUAGAAGGGAAAGAAAGCAAGUUUAAAUUGCCCAAAAUGCCAGACUUUGAUGUUUCACUCCCCAAAGUCAAAGGUCCUGACAUUAAAUUCGGUCUGCCCAAAUCAGAGGCUGACAUUGCUUUAACUGAAAGUGUUGAAAUCAAGGCUCCUGAUGUGGAAUUGGAAGCUCCAUCUCUUGAGGGAUCUGUGGACAUCCCUACAAUUGAAAAAGAGGGUGGAAAAAUAAAAUUCAAGAUGCCACAAAUGAAAAUGCCUAAAUUUGGAAUUUCAACAUCUGGGGUCAAUGUUCCAAAAAUAGAAGGCGAACUGAGCUUGCCAAAGGCAGAAAUCUCUCUUCCAAAGGCAGACAUUGAUAUACAAGGACCACAGCUUACAACAAGUGGAACUGACAUUGACCUGAACCUACCGAAACCACAGAUACAUGUGUCUGCAGCACAAGCUGCUGUUGAUCUUGAAGGUCCAGAUGUAGACAUGAAAGCUCCUGAGUUAGACAUUGAUAUGAAGGGUAAAGGAAUCCAUGUAGAAGGGAAAGCAAGCAAGUUUAAAUUGCCCAAAAUGCCAGACUUUGAUGUUUCACUCCCCAAAGUCAAAGGUCCUGACAUUAAAUUCGGUCUACCCAAAUCAGAGGCUGACAUUGCUUUACCUGAACGUUUUGAAAUCAAGGCUCCUGAUGUGGAAUUGGAAGCUCCAUCUCUUGAGGGAUCUGUGGACAUCCCUACAAUUGAAAAAGAGGGUGGAAAAGGAAAAUUCAAGAUGCCACAAAUGAAAAUGCCUAAAUUUGGAAUUUCAACAUCUGGGGUCAAGGUUCCAAAAAUAGAAGGCGAACUGAGCUUGCCAAAAGCAGAAAUCUCUCUUCCAAAGGCAGACAUUGAUAUACAAGGACCACAGCUUACAACAAGUGGAACUGACAUUGACCUGAACCUACCGAAACCACAGAUACAUGUGUCUGCAGCACAAGCUGCUGUUGAUCUUAAAUGUCCAGAUGUAGACAUGAAAGCACCUGGGUUAGACAUUCAAAUGAAGUGUAAAGGAAUCCAUGUAGAAGGGAAAGAAAGCAAGUUUAAAUUGCCCAAAAUGCCAGACUUUGAUGUUUCACUCCCCAAAGUCAAAGGUCCUGACAUUAAAUUCGGUCUGCCCAAAUCAGAGGCUGACAUUGCUUUAACUGAAAGUGUUGAAAUCAAGGCUCCUGAUGUGGAAUUGGAAGCUCCAUCUCUUGAGGGAUCUGUGGACAUCCCUACAAUUGAAAAAGAGGGUGGAAAAAUAAAAUUCAAGAUGCCACAAAUGAAAAUGCCUAUAUUUGGAAUUUCAACAUCUGGGGUCAAGGUUCCAAAAAUAGAAGGCGAACUGAGCUUGCCAAAGGCAGAAAUCUCUCUUCCAAAGGCAGACAUUGAUAUACAAGGACCACAGCUUACAACAAGUGGAACUGACAUUGACCUGAACCUACCGAAACCACAGAUACAUGUGUCUGCAGCACAAGCUGCUGUUGAUCUUAAAUGUCCAGAUGUAGACAUGAAAGCACCUGGGUUAGACAUUGAUAUGAAGGGUAAAGGAAUCCAUGUAGAAGGGAAAGCAAGCAAGUUUAAAUUGCCCAAAAUGCCAGACUUUGAUGUUUCACUCCCCAAAGUCAAAGGUCCUGAAAUUAAAUUCGGUCUGCCCAAAUCAGAGGCUGACAUUGCUUUACCUGAACAUGUUGAAAUCAAGGCUCCUGAUGUGGAAAUGGAAGCUCCAUCUCUUGAGGGAUCUGUGGACAUCCCUAAAAUUGAAAAAGAGGGAGGAAAAGGAAAAUUCAAGAUGCCACAAAUGAAAAUGCCUAAAUUUGGAAUUUCAACAUCUGGGGUCAAGGUUCCAAAAAUAGAAGGCGAACUGAGCUUGCCAAAAGCAGAAAUCUCUCUUCCAAAGGCAGACAUUGACUUUAAAGGACCACAGCUAACGUCAGGUGGAACUGACAUUGAUCUGAACCUUCCUAAACCUGAAAUAAAUGUGUCUGCAACACAACCUGCUGUUGAUCUUAAAGGUCCAGAUAUAGACAUCAAAGCACCUGAAGUAGCCUUUGAUGUCAAGGGAAAAGUCGAUGUAGAAGGGAAAGACAGCAAAUUUAAAAUGCCCAAAAUGCCAGAGUUUGAUCUUUCUCUCCCCAAAGUCAAAGGUCCUGAUGUUAAAUUGAGUAUGCCCAAAGGAGAAAUUGAUCUCUCCGCACCAAAAACAGAAGUUGAGCUUAAGGGACCGGAGAUAGAUAUUGAAGGUCCAUCUGUUGAAGCAGAUGUGGACAUCCCUAAAAUUGAAACAGAGGGAGGAAAAGGAAAAUUCAAAAUGCCACACUUUAAAAUGCCUACAUUUGGCAUGUCAACAUCUGGGGUGAAGACUCCUAAAGUAGAAGGUGAAGUAAAGUUGCCAAAAGCAGACAUCUCUCUUCCAAAGGCAGACAUUGACUUUAAAGGACCACAGCUAACGUCAGGUGGAACUGACAUUGAUCUGAACCUUCCUAAACCUGAAAUAAAUGUGUCUGCAACACAACCUGCUGUUGAUCUUAACGAUCCAGAUAUAGACAUCAAAGCACCUGAUGUAGCCUUUGAUGUCAAGGGAAAAGUCGAUGUAGAAGGGAAAGACAGCAAAUUUAAAAUGCCCAAAAUGCCAGAGUUUGAUCUUUCUCUCACGAAAGUCAAAGGUCCUGAUGUUAAAUUGAGUAUGCCCAAAGGAGAAAUUGAUCUCUCCGCACCAAAAACAGAAGUUGAGCUUAAGGGACCGGAGAUAGAUAUUGAAGGUCCAUCUGUUGAAGCAGAUGUGGACAUCCCUAAAAUUGAAACAGAGGGAGGAAAAGGAAAAUUCAAAAUGCCACACUUUAAAAUGCCUACAUUUGGCAUGUCAACAUCUGGGGUGAAGACUCCUAAAGUAGAAGGCGAAGUAAAGUUGCCAAAAGCAGACAUCUCUCUUCCAAAGGCAGACAUUGACUUUAAAGGACCACAGGUAACGUCAGGUGGAACUGACAUUGAUCUGAACCUUCCUAAACCUGAAAUAAAUGUGUCUGCAACACAACCUGCUGUUGAUCUUAAAGGUCCAGAUAUAGACAUCAAAGCACCUGAUGUAGCCUUUGAUGUCCAGGGAAAAGUCGAUGUAGAAGGGAAAGACAGCAAAUUUAAAAUGCCCAAAAUGCCAGAGUUUGAUCUUUCUCUCCCCAAAGUCAAAGGUCCUGAUGUUAAAUUGAGUAUGCCCAAAGGAGAAAUUGAUCUCUCUGCACCAAAAACAGAAGUUGAGCUUAAGGGACCGGAGAUAGAUAUUGAAGGUCCAUCUGUUGAAGCAGAUGUGGACAUCCCUAAAAUUGAAACAGAGGGAGGAAAAGGAAAAUUCAAAAUGCCACACUUUAAAAUGCCUACAUUUGGCAUGUCAACAUCUGGGGUGAAGACACCUAAAGUAGAAGGCGAAGUAAAGUUGCCAAAAGCAGACAUCUCUCUUCCAAAGGCAGACAUUGACUUUAAAGGACCACAGCUAACGUCAGGUGGAACUGACAUUGAUCUGAACCUUCCUAAACCUGAAAUAAAUGUGUCUGCAACACAACCUGCUGUUGAUCUUAAAGGUCCAGAUAUAGACAUCAAAGCACCUGAAUUAGCCUUUGAUGUCAAGGGAAAAGUCGAUGUAGAAGGGAAAGACAGCAAAUUUAAAAUGCCCAAAAUGCCAGAGUUUGAUCUUUCUCUCCCCAAAGUCAAAGGUCCUGAUGUUAAAUUGAGUAUGCCCAAAGGAGAAAUUGAUCUCUCUGCACCAAAAACAGAAGUUGAGCUUAAGGGACCGGAGAUAGAUAUUGAAGGUCCAUCUGUUGAAGCAGAUGUGGACAUCCCUAAAAUUGAAACAGAGGGAGGAAAAGGAAAAUUCAAAAUGCCACACUUUAAAAUGCCUACAUUUGGCAUGUCAACAUCUGGGGUGAAGACUCCUAAAGUAGAAGGCGAAGUAAAGUUGCCAAAAGCAGACAUCUCUCUUCCAAAGGCAGACAUUGACUUUAAAGGACCACAGCUAACGUCAGGUGGAACUGACAUUGAUCUGAACCUUCCUAAACCUGAAAUAAAUGUGUCUGCAACACAACCUGCUGUUGAUCUUAAAGGUCCAGAUAUAGACAUCAAAGCACCUGAAGUAGCCUUUGAUGUCAAGGGAAAAGUCGAUGUAGAAGGGAAAGACAGCAAAUUUAAAAUGCCCAAAAUGCCAGAGUUUGAUCUUUCUCUCCCAAAAGUCAAAGCUCCUGAUGUUAAAUUGAGUAUGCCCAAAGGAGAAAUUGAUCUCUCUGCACCAAAAACAGAAGUUGAGCUUAAGGGACCGGAGAUAGAUAUUGAAGGUCCAUCUGUUGAAGCAGAUGUGGACAUCCCUAAAAUUGAAACAGAGGGAGGAAAAGGAAAAUUCAAAAUGCCACACUUUAAAAUGCCUACAUUUGGCAUGUCAACAUCUGGGGUGAAGACUCCUAAAGUAGAAGGCGAAGUAAAGUUGCCAAAAGCAGACAUCUCUCUUCCAAAGGCAGACAUUGACUUUAAAGGACCACAGCUAACAUCAGGUGGAACUGACAUUGAUCUGAACCUUCCUAAACCUGAAAUAAAUGUGUCUGCAACACAACCUGCUGUUGAUCUUAAAGGUCCAGAUAUAGACAUCAAAGCACCUGAAGUAGCCUUUGAUGUCAAGGGAAAAGUCGAUGUAGAAGGGAAAGACAGGAAAUUUAAAAUGCCCAAAAUUCCAGAGUUUGAUCUUUCUCUCCCCAAAGUCAAAGGUCCUGAUGUUAAAUUGAGUAUGCCCAAAGGAGAAAUUGAUCUCUCUGCACCAAAAACAGAAGUUGAGCUUAAGGGACCGGAGAUAGAUAUUGAAGGUCCAUCUGUUGAAGCAGAUGUGGACAUCCCUAAAAUUGAAACAGAGGGAGGAAAAGGAAAAUUCAAAAUGCCACACUUUAAAAUGCCUACAUUUGGCAUGUCAACAUCUGGGGUGAAGACUCCUAAAGUAGAAGGCGAAGUAAAGUUGCCAAUAGCAGACAUCUCUCUUCCAAAGGCAGACAUUGACUUUAAAGGACCACAGCUAACGUCAGGUGGAACUGACAUUGAUCUGAACCUUCCUAAACCUGAAAUAAAUGUGUCUGCAACACAACCUGCUGUUGAUCUUAAAGGUCCAGAUAUAGACAUCAAAACACCUGAAUUAGCCUUUGAUGUCAAGGGAAAAGUCGAUGUAGAAGGGAAAGGCAGCAAAUUUAAAAUGCCCAAAAUGCCAGAGUUUGAUCUUUCUCUCCCCAAAGUCAAAGGUCCUGAUGUUAAAUUGAGUAUGCCCAAAGGAGAAAUUGAUCUCUCUGCACCAAAAACUGAAGUUGAGCUUAAGGGACCGGAAAUAGAUAUUGAAGGUCCAUCUGUUGAAGCAGAUGUGGACAUCCCUAAAAUUGAAACAGAGGGAGGAAAAGGAAAAUUCAAAAUGCCACACUUUAAAAUGCCUACAUUUGGCAUGUCAACAUCUGGGGUGAAGACUCCUAAAGUAGAAGGUGAAGUAAAGUUGCCAAUAGCAGACAUCUCUCUUCCAAAGGCAGACAUUGACUUUAAAGGACCACAGCUAACGUCAGGUGGAACUGACAUUGAUCUGAACCUUCCUAAACCUGAAAUAAAUGUGUCUGCAACACAACCUGCUGUUGAUCUUAAAGAUCCAGAUAUAGACAUCAAAGCACCUGAUGUAGCCUUUGAUGUCAAGGGAAAAGUCGAUGUAGAAGGGAAAGACAGCAAAUUUAAAAUGCCCAAAAUGCCAGAGUUUGAUCUUUCUCUCACGAAAGUCAAAGGUCCUGAUGUUAAAUUGAGUAUGCCCAAAGGAGAAAUUGAUCUCUCCGCACCAAAAACAGAAGUUGAGCUUAAGGGACCGGAGAUAGAUAUUGAAGGUCCAUCUGUUGAAGCAGAUGUGGACAUCCCUAAAAUUGAAACAGAGGGAGGAAAAGGAAAAUUCAAAAUGCCACACUUUAAAAUGCCUACAUUUGGCAUGUCAACAUCUGGGGUGAAGACUCCUAAAGUAGAAGGCGAAGUAAAGUUGCCAAAAGCAGACAUCUCUCUUCCAAAGGCAGACAUUGACUUUAAAGGACCACAGGUAACGUCAGGUGGAACUGACAUUGAUCUGAACCUUCCUAAACCUGAAAUAAAUGUGUCUGCAACACAACCUGCUGUUGAUCUUAAAGGUCCAGAUAUAGACAUCAAAGCACCUGAUGUAGCCUUUGAUGUCCAGGGAAAAGUCGAUGUAGAAGGGAAAGACAGCAAAUUUAAAAUGCCCAAAAUGCCAGAGUUUGAUCUUUCUCUCCCCAAAGUCAAAGGUCCUGAUGUUAAAUUGAGUAUGCCCAAAGGAGAAAUUGAUCUCUCUGCACCAAAAACAGAAGUUGAGCUUAAGGGACCGGAGAUAGAUAUUGAAGGUCCAUCUGUUGAAGCAGAUGUGGACAUCCCUAAAAUUGAAACAGAGGGAGGAAAAGGAAAAUUCAAAAUGCCACACUUUAAAAUGCCUACAUUUGGCAUGUCAACAUCUGGGGUGAAGACACCUAAAGUAGAAGGCGAAGUAAAGUUGCCAAAAGCAGACAUCUCUCUUCCAAAGGCAGACAUUGACUUUAAAGGACCACAGCUAACGUCAGGUGGAACUGACAUUGAUCUGAACCUUCCUAAACCUGAAAUAAAUGUGUCUGCAACACAACCUGCUGUUGAUCUUAAAGGUCCAGAUAUAGACAUCAAAGCACCUGAAUUAGCCUUUGAUGUCAAGGGAAAAGUCGAUGUAGAAGGGAAAGACAGCAAAUUUAAAAUGCCCAAAAUGCCAGAGUUUGAUCUUUCUCUCCCCAAAGUCAAAGGUCCUGAUGUUAAAUUGAGUAUGCCCAAAGGAGAAAUUGAUCUCUCUGCACCAAAAACAGAAGUUGAGCUUAAGGGACCGGAGAUAGAUAUUGAAGGUCCAUCUGUUGAAGCAGAUGUGGACAUCCCUAAAAUUGAAACAGAGGGAGGAAAAGGAAAAUUCAAAAUGCCACACUUUAAAAUGCCUACAUUUGGCAUGUCAACAUCUGGGGUGAAGACUCCUAAAGUAGAAGGCGAAGUAAAGUUGCCAAAAGCAGACAUCUCUCUUCCAAAGGCAGACAUUGACUUUAAAGGACCACAGCUAACGUCAGGUGGAACUGACAUUGAUCUGAACCUUCCUAAACCUGAAAUAAAUAUGUCUGCAACACAACCUGCUGUUGAUCUUAAAGGUCCAGAUAUAGACAUCAAAGCACCUGAAGUAGCCUUUGAUGUCAAGGGAAAAGUCGAUGUAGAAGGGAAAGACAGCAAAUUUAAAAUGCCCAAAAUGCCAGAGUUUGAUCUUUCUCUCCCCAAAGUCAAAGGUCCUGAUGUUAAAUUGAGUAUGCCCAAAGGAGAAAUUGAUCUCUCUGCACCAAAAACAGAAGUUGAGCUUAAGGGACCGGAGAUAGAUAUUGAAGGUCCAUCUGUUGAAGCAGAUGUGGACAUCCCUAAAAUUGAAACAGAGGGAGGAAAAGGAAAAUUCAAAAUGCCACACUUUAAAAUGCCUACAUUUGGCAUGUCAACAUCUGGGGUGAAGACUCCUAAAGUAGAAGGCGAAGUAAAGUUGCCAAAAGCAGACAUCUCUCUUCCAAAGGCAGACAUUGACUUUAAAGGACCACAGCUAACGUCAGGUGGAACUGACAUUGAUCUGAACCUUCCUAAACCUGAAAUAAAUGUGUCUGCAACACAACCUGCUGUUGAUCUUAAAGGUCCAGAUAUAGACAUCAAAGCACCUGAAGUAGCCUUUGAUGUCAAGGGAAAAGUCGAUGUAGAAGGGAAAGACAGCAAAUUUAAAAUGCCCAAAAUGCCAGAGUUUGAUCUUUCUCUCCCCAAAGUCAAGGGUCCUGAUGUUAAAUUGAGUAUGCCCAAAGGAAAAAUUGAUCUCUCUGCACCAAAAACAGAAGUUGAGCUUAAGGGACCGGAGAUAGAUAUUGAAGGUCCAUCUGUUGAAGCAGAUGUGGACAUCCCUAAAAUUGAAACAGAGGGAGGAAAAGGAAAAUUCAAAAUGCCACACUUUAAAAUGCCUACAUUUGGCAUGUCAACAUCUGGGGUGAAGACUCCUAAAGUAGAAGGCGAAGUAAAGUUGCCAAAAGCAGACAUCUCUCUUCCAAAGGCAGACAUUGACUUUAAAGGACCACAGGUAACGUCAGGUGGAACUGACAUUGAUCUGAACCUUCCUAAACCUGAAAUAAAUGUGUCUGCAACACAACCUGCUGUUGAUCUUAAAGGUCCAGAUAUAGACAUCAAAGCACCUGAAGUAGCCUUUGAUGUCAAGGGAAAAGUCGAUGUAGAAGGGAAAGACAGCAAAUUUAAAAUGCCCAAAAUGCCAGAGUUUGAUCUUUCUCUCCCCAAAGUCAAAGGUCCUGAUGUUAAAUUGAGUAUGCCCAAAGGAGAAAUUGAUCUCUCUGCACCAAAAACAGAAGUUGAGCUUAAGGGACCGGAGAUAGAUAUUGAAGGUCCAUCUGUUGAAGCAGAUGUGGACAUCCCUAAAAUUGAAACAGAGGGAGGAAAAGGAAAAUUCAAAAUGCCACACUUUAAAAUGCCUACAUUUGGCAUGUCAACAUCUGGGGUGAAGACUCCUAAAGUAGAAGGCGAAGUAAAGUUGCCAAUAGCAGACAUCUCUCUUCCAAAGGCAGACAUUGACUUUAAAGGACCACAGCUAACGUCAGGUGGAACUGACAUUGAUCUGAACCUUCCUAAACCUGAAAUAAAUGUGUCUGCAACACAACCUGCUGUUGAUCUUAAAGGUCCAGAUAUAGACAUCAAAACACCUGAAUUAGCCUUUGAUGUCAAGGGAAAAGUCGAUGUAGAAGGGAAAGGCAGCAAAUUUAAAAUGCCCAAAAUGCCAGAGUUUGAUCUUUCUCUCCCCAAAGUCAAAGGUCCUGAUGUUAAAUUGAGUAUGCCCAAAGGAGAAAUUGAUCUCUCUGCACCAAAAACUGAAGUUGAGCUUAAGGGACCGGAAAUAGAUAUUGAAGGUCCAUCUGUUGAAGCAGAUGUGGACAUCCCUAAAAUUGAAACAGAGGGAGGAAAAGGAAAAUUCAAAAUGCCACACUUUAAAAUGCCUACAUUUGGCAUGUCAACAUCUGGGGUGAAGACUCCUAAAGUAGAAGGUGAAGUAAAGUUGCCAAUAGCAGACAUCUCUCUUCCAAAGGCAGACAUUGACUUUAAAGGACCACAGCUAACGUCAGGUGGAACUGACAUUGAUCUGAACCUUCCUAAACCUGAAAUAAAUGUGUCUGCAACACAACCUGCUGUUGAUCUUAAAGAUCCAGAUAUAGACAUCAAAGCACCUGAUGUAGCCUUUGAUGUCAAGGGAAAAGUCGAUGUAGAAGGGAAAGACAGCAAAUUUAAAAUGCCCAAAAUGCCAGAGUUUGAUCUUUCUCUCACGAAAGUCAAAGGUCCUGAUGUUAAAUUGAGUAUGCCCAAAGGAGAAAUUGAUCUCUCCGCACCAAAAACAGAAGUUGAGCUUAAGGGACCGGAGAUAGAUAUUGAAGGUCCAUCUGUUGAAGCAGAUGUGGACAUCCCUAAAAUUGAAACAGAGGGAGGAAAAGGAAAAUUCAAAAUGCCACACUUUAAAAUGCCUACAUUUGGCAUGUCAACAUCUGGGGUGAAGACUCCUAAAGUAGAAGGCGAAGUAAAGUUGCCAAAAGCAGACAUCUCUCUUCCAAAGGCAGACAUUGACUUUAAAGGACCACAGGUAACGUCAGGUGGAACUGACAUUGAUCUGAACCUUCCUAAACCUGAAAUAAAUGUGUCUGCAACACAACCUGCUGUUGAUCUUAAAGGUCCAGAUAUAGACAUCAAAGCACCUGAUGUAGCCUUUGAUGUCCAGGGAAAAGUCGAUGUAGAAGGGAAAGACAGCAAAUUUAAAAUGCCCAAAAUGCCAGAGUUUGAUCUUUCUCUCCCCAAAGUCAAAGGUCCUGAUGUUAAAUUGAGUAUGCCCAAAGGAGAAAUUGAUCUCUCUGCACCAAAAACAGAAGUUGAGCUUAAGGGACCGGAGAUAGAUAUUGAAGGUCCAUCUGUUGAAGCAGAUGUGGACAUCCCUAAAAUUGAAACAGAGGGAGGAAAAGGAAAAUUCAAAAUGCCACACUUUAAAAUGCCUACAUUUGGCAUGUCAACAUCUGGGGUGAAGACACCUAAAGUAGAAGGCGAAGUAAAGUUGCCAAAAGCAGACAUCUCUCUUCCAAAGGCAGACAUUGACUUUAAAGGACCACAGCUAACGUCAGGUGGAACUGACAUUGAUCUGAACCUUCCUAAACCUGAAAUAAAUGUGUCUGCAACACAACCUGCUGUUGAUCUUAAAGGUCCAGAUAUAGACAUCAAAGCACCUGAAUUAGCCUUUGAUGUCAAGGGAAAAGUCGAUGUAGAAGGGAAAGACAGCAAAUUUAAAAUGCCCAAAAUGCCAGAGUUUGAUCUUUCUCUCCCCAAAGUCAAAGGUCCUGAUGUUAAAUUGAGUAUGCCCAAAGGAGAAAUUGAUCUCUCUGCACCAAAAACAGAAGUUGAGCUUAAGGGACCGGAGAUAGAUAUUGAAGGUCCAUCUGUUGAAGCAGAUGUGGACAUCCCUAAAAUUGAAACAGAGGGAGGAAAAGGAAAAUUCAAAAUGCCACACUUUAAAAUGCCUACAUUUGGCAUGUCAACAUCUGGGGUGAAGACUCCUAAAGUAGAAGGCGAAGUAAAGUUGCCAAAAGCAGACAUCUCUCUUCCAAAGGCAGACAUUGACUUUAAAGGACCACAGCUAACGUCAGGUGGAACUGACAUUGAUCUGAACCUUCCUAAACCUGAAAUAAAUAUGUCUGCAACACAACCUGCUGUUGAUCUUAAAGGUCCAGAUAUAGACAUCAAAGCACCUGAAGUAGCCUUUGAUGUCAAGGGAAAAGUCGAUGUAGAAGGGAAAGACAGCAAAUUUAAAAUGCCCAAAAUGCCAGAGUUUGAUCUUUCUCUCCCCAAAGUCAAAGGUCCUGAUGUUAAAUUGAGUAUGCCCAAAGGAGAAAUUGAUCUCUCUGCACCAAAAACAGAAGUUGAGCUUAAGGGACCGGAGAUAGAUAUUGAAGGUCCAUCUGUUGAAGCAGAUGUGGACAUCCCUAAAAUUGAAACAGAGGGAGGAAAAGGAAAAUUCAAAAUGCCACACUUUAAAAUGCCUACAUUUGGCAUGUCAACAUCUGGGGUGAAGACUCCUAAAGUAGAAGGCGAAGUAAAGUUGCCAAAAGCAGACAUCUCUCUUCCAAAGGCAGACAUUGACUUUAAAGGACCACAGCUAACGUCAGGUGGAACUGACAUUGAUCUGAACCUUCCUAAACCUGAAAUAAAUGUGUCUGCAACACAACCUGCUGUUGAUCUUAAAGGUCCAGAUAUAGACAUCAAAGCACCUGAAGUAGCCUUUGAUGUCAAGGGAAAAGUCGAUGUAGAAGGGAAAGACAGCAAAUUUAAAAUGCCCAAAAUGCCAGAGUUUGAUCUUUCUCUCCCCAAAGUCAAGGGUCCUGAUGUUAAAUUGAGUAUGCCCAAAGGAAAAAUUGAUCUCUCUGCACCAAAAACAGAAGUUGAGCUUAAGGGACCGGAGAUAGAUAUUGAAGGUCCAUCUGUUGAAGCAGAUGUGGACAUCCCUAAAAUUGAAACAGAGGGAGGAAAAGGAAAAUUCAAAAUGCCACACUUUAAAAUGCCUACAUUUGGCAUGUCAACAUCUGGGGUGAAGACUCCUAAAGUAGAAGGCGAAGUAAAGUUGCCAAAAGCAGACAUCUCUCUUCCAAAGGCAGACAUUGACUUUAAAGGACCACAGCUAACGUCAGGUGGAACUGACAUUGAUCUGAACCUUCCUAAACCUGAAAUAAAUGUGUCUGCAACACAACCUGCUGUUGAUCUUAAAGGUCCAGAUAUAGACAUCAAAGCACCUGAAGUAGCCUUUGAUGUCAAGGGAAAAGUCGAUGUAGAAGGGAAAGACAGCAAAUUUAAAAUGCCCAAAAUGCCAGAGUUUGAUCUUUCUCUCCCCAAAGUCAAGGGUCCUGAUGUUAAAUUGAGUAUGCCCAAAGGAAAAAUUGAUCUCUCUGCACCAAAAACAGAAGUUGAGCUUAAGGGACCGGAGAUAGAUAUUGAAGGUCCAUCUGUUGAAGCAGAUGUGGACAUCCCUAAAAUUGAAACAGAGGGAGGAAAAGGAAAAUUCAAAAUGCCACACUUUAAAAUGCCUACAUUUGGCAUGUCAACAUCUGGGGUGAAGACUCCUAAAGUAGAAGGCGAAGUAAAGUUGCCAAAAGCAGACAUCUCUCUUCCAAAGGCAGACAUUGACUUUAAAGGACCACAGGUAACGUCAGGUGGAACUGACAUUGAUCUGAACCUUCCUAAACCUGAAAUAAAUGUGUCUGCAACACAACCUGCUGUUGAUCUUAAAGGUCCAGAUAUAGACAUCAAAGCACCUGAAGUAGCCUUUGAUGUCAAGGGAAAAGUCGAUGUAGAAGGGAAAGACAGCAAAUUUAAAAUGCCCAAAAUGCCAGAGUUUGAUCUUUCUCUCCCCAAAGUCAAAGGUCCUGAUGUUAAAUUGAGUAUGCCCAAAGGAGAAAUUGAUCUCUCUGCACCAAAAACAGAAGUUGAGCUUAAGGGACCGGAGAUAGAUAUUGAAGGUCCAUCUGUUGAAGCAGAUGUGGACAUCCCUAAAAUUGAAACAGAGGGAGGAAAAGGAAAAUUCAAAAUGCCACACUUUAAAAUGCCUACAUUUGGCAUGUCAACAUCUGGGGUGAAGACUCCUAAAGUAGAAGGCGAAGUAAAGUUGCCAAAAGCAGACAUCUCUCUUCCAAAGGCAGACAUUGACUUUAAAGGACCACAGCUAACGUCAGGUGGAACUGACAUUGAUCUGAACCUUCCUAAACCUGAAAUAAAUGUGUCUGCAACACAACCUGCUGUUGAUCUUAAAGGUCCAGAUAUAGACAUCAAAACACCUGAAUUAGCCUUUGAUGUCAAGGGAAAAGUCGAUGUAGAAGGGAAAGACAGCAAAUUUAAAAUGCCCAAAAUGCCAGAGUUUGAUCUUUCUCUCCCCAAAGUCAAAGGUCCUGAUGUUAAAUUGAGUAUGCCCAAAGGAGAAAUUGAUCUCUCUGCACCAAAAACAGAAGUUGAGCUUAAGGGACCGGAGAUAGAUAUUGAAGGUCCAUCUGUUGAAGCAGAUGUGGACAUCCCUAAAAUUGAAACAGAGGGAGGAAAAGGAAAAUUCAAAAUGCCACACUUUAAAAUGCCUACAUUUGGCAUGUCAACAUCUGGGGUGAAGACUCCUAAAGUAGAAGGCGAAGUAAAGUUGCCAAAAGCAGACAUCUCUCUUCCAAAGGCAGACAUUGACUUUAAAGGACCACAGCUAACGUCAGGUGGAACUGACAUUGAUCUGAACCUUCCUAAACCUGAAAUAAAUGUGUCUGCAACACAACCUGCUGUUGAUCUUAAAGGUCCAGAUAUAGACAUCAAAACACCUGAAUUAGCCUUUGAUGUCAAGGGAAAAGUCGAUGUAGAAGGGAAAGACAGCAAAUUUAAAAUGCCCAAAAUGCCAGAGUUUGAUCUUUCUCUCCCCAAAGUCAAAGGUCCUGAUGUUAAAUUGAGUAUGCCCAAAGGAGAAAUUGAUCUCUCUGCACCAAAAACAGAAGUUGAGCUUAAGGGACCGGAGAUAGAUAUUGAAGGUCCAUCUGUUGAAGCAGAUGUGGACAUCCCUAAAAUUGAAACAGAGGGAGGAAAAGGAAAAUUCAAAAUGCCACCCCUUAAAAUGCCUAGAUUUAGAGUGUCAGCAUCUGGGCUUCAGGCUGCUAAAAUAGAAGGUGAUGUGAGCUUGGAAAAAACAGACAUCAAAUUAAAAGGUCCGCAGCUCACAUCAGGUGAAACUGACAUCGAUCUGAACCUACCUAAACCUGAAAUAAAUGUGUCUGCAACACAACCUGCUGUCAAACUUACUGAAUUAGAUUCAGAUGUGAAAUUACCUGAAGGAGAUAUAUCCAUUCCAAAAGUGGAAUUAGGCAUUCAAGGGCCUCAGGUAGAAAUGAAAAAUCCAAAAAUGCAAACUCCACUUAAAGACAAAGAGAUUGACAUGCAAGGAUCUCAUAGCACAUUUAAACUACCAAUGUUCAAAAUGCCUAAGUUUGGUUUUUCUGGUCCUAAAGUUAAAGCAGGGACUCCUGAUACAGAUGCAGAAAUCAAAAUCCCUGAAAUAGAUGUUUCAUUAAGCAAACCAGAAGCUGAAUUCCCUAAAAUCAACAUACAAGAGCCAACCGGUAAGGCAAAAGUAGAAACCGCAGACUGUAACAUUAAAACUGACGUUCCACUCUCAAAGGACAAGGGUUCUGAAAUAGAGUGCAGCAUAUCAAAACCCGACUUUGAUAUACCUUUGCUUAAAUCAGAAGCAGGCGCCAAAGGAUCACAGUUAAAGACAAGUGAACUUUUACCAGAAAAUGUUGAGGCUGAUAAAAAAGAUCCCCAUCAAACAUCAGACAUCAAAAUAGACUCAGGGGAGAAGCAUACAUUAUCCAAAAUACGCCUGCCAGGGUUUGGAGAAUUGUUUAAAGGGCUAGAUCUUGAAUUUCAUUUGCCUAAUUUAGAUCCUGAUGCUUCUUCACCAGAAACAGAGGAAGUAAAUUUGCCAGCAGACAAAACUGCUCACGCUGAGGUAAAUGAUGGUAUAUCCAAUGUCCUUGGAGAGGUGAUUGUUGGAACACCUGUAGUUCAAAUUUCUCAGCAAGACACAGCAAAACAAGCAAAACAAAAAAGAACAAAAGUUGUGCCAGACUCAAGUUUAGAUACAGCUUCUGAGUCUAAGGAUAAAGACAGCACAAAAAAUAAGGAGAAGUCUGGUAAAUUUACGUUUAGGCUUCCGAGGCUAGGUUUUACCGAUUCUUCUGAAGAAAGCAACAAGACAGAAACAAUAAGUGCUGUCGAUGAUUCAAAAGACAAGGCUUCAGAAACUACUGAAAAAAAUGAAACCACGUCAAAAACCACGUCAAAAAGUGAAAAAAGUGGUUGGUUUACUUUUCCAAAACGAGGUAAUUUCUCUCCUUCAAAAAAGGCUAAGGAUUCUGAUAAAGAGAAGCUUGGCACCCCUACGGAAGAGUUAAGAGGAAGCUUAGCUGCUGAUGUUGAUGUUGUUCAAGGAGAUGUCAAAUCAACUGAAGGCCUGCAGGGUGUUGAUUCCAGCACUGCUAAUGAAUCAAUUGGUACUCCUUCAAAAGUUACUGUGAGAUACACAAAACCUGACAUCUUGAUAGCUGGCCAUGAUGUGGUUCCCAGUGAUAUUAUUACAUCAACAGCCAGAACAGAAUUAAUUCUACUAGAACCAAAAUUACCUGAAAAAAUAAAUAUCACCACUGUUCCCUCAUCAGGAGAUCAAUCACAACAGUGCGCAGUGGCCAGUGCCCAAACUGUGAAAGGGGAUACAACAACGCCAGGCAAAAUAACAACCUUUAAGUCUUCCACACAAAAAGGCACACCUACCAUCGAACAUCCAACAGUUAUCACUAAAGUUCAAACAGAAUGCAAAUUACCUGUAGAAAAAGUUACUGUGAAACUGGGCUCUGCACCUUGGCUGCCUGAAGAAACAGCUCAAACGAGUUUUAAUGUGCCCACAGAAAAGUGUGUCUCAGUUGAAAGGCAUGUUGUGAAACAAAGAUUUGGUGAGGAGAAGGAAACAGUUGUGAUAACCAAAGGAAUUCCAUCACAGCAAGGGUAUACAGCUUCAGGAAAAGUACUCUCAGAGGAGGCAAUUUCGUCACUCCAAAGGCUAAAAGACACAAUGCACUCUGAAAAAAUGAAGUACUUUGAAACUUCAGAAAUGCCUACAGCAGCAUCAAGCAGCGAUGCAACAGUAGAAAAAGAGUCUCAAAAGAGUGCUAAAGGCAAAAAGAAGUAGGCACACAUUUAAAAGGCUAUUGUUUCCUCCUGUCAUUGCUUUGGACUUAUUGUAUCUCUCAUUAUUAUCUUAUGGAGUGAUCUCUGCAAACAUGUAAGUGUUUAAGGCUAGAGCUAUGCUAUAAAAUGGCUAGUAAUAUACAUUUAACUUACUCUUAAGAUUAUGUUAGCUCAUACUAUAUAUUUGUUUAUUAAGGAUGAUUGACAAUGCUAUACCUGUUCUACAUCUAGUAAAAUAUCACUGACCUUAAUUACAGAGCUACUACACUGUAUACUACACAUAUGGUAGAGUUAAACAUACACUCCUUACAAACAUGUAAAGACCUGUACGCUAACAUGAAGCAUGCAAUAGUGUACUGUGAAAAAUACAACACAACAGGUAGGGAAGUUAAUUUGGUGUAUGGCUUAAGACUGUUACUUUUAUUUAAAAAAAAACAAAAAAAAAACAAAAAAAACAUAAAUAUACGGUAUAUUACAGUAUGAUGGAGUUAAA